AGUGUAGAGGCAGUGUGAAGAGAGGCAUGCUUUCUUUUCCAGCAGUCAUUGCCAGGUGGCGUGUGACGAGGUAAGCAGGGUGUAUUUAUAUUGUUGGACAAAGUGCAUUGGCAAUUGAAUGCAACUGAUUUUCACCUAAGACCAGGCUGGAGAGAGCACUCUUGCAGGAGCCUUGAUCUCUGGGAGUUCUGAAGGCUGAAAAAAAUCACAGAUCACAACACAUUUACCAUGAAGAGCUCCAGAAUUGUUUUCUAUCUUCUCUUCUUUCAUGCUGCUUUCAGCCUGGAGCGUGUCCGGUGGUGCACGGUGUCUGAGCAAGAACUUUCCAAGUGUAAUGACAUGAGCAAGGCCUUUAGUGAGGCUGGCAUCCUUCCCCCUCUGGAGUGUACAGCAGGGGGGUCAGCUGCUAACUGUACCCAGAUGAUCAAGGAUGACUUGGCAGAUGCAGUGACCCUCAAUGGCCGUUUGAUUUUCCAGGCUGGAAGGGAGCAUGGUCUGAAACCUGUGGUUGGGGAAGUAUAUGAUCAAGAGAUUGGAACUUCCUAUUAUGCUGUGGCUGUGGUAAAGAGGAGCUCCAACAUCACCAUCAACAGCCUGAAGGGUGUGCGCUCCUGUCACACCGGCAUCAACAGGACUGCAGGCUGGGAUGUGCCCGUGGGUUACCUCACUGACAUUGGGCACCUGGCAGCAAUGGGAUGUGACCUUCCAAAAGCUGUAAGUGACUAUUUCAAUGCAAGCUGUGUUCCUGGAGCAAAUGGUGUGAACUAUCCGAAAUCCCUCUGCCAGCUCUGCAAAGGGGACUCAGAAGGACAGAACAAAUGUGAACGAAAUUCCCAAGAGCAGUACUAUGAUUACAGUGGUGCUUUCAGGUGUUUGGCUGAAAAUGCUGGAGAGGUUGCUUUUGUGAAGCACAGCACAGUGCCUGAAUAUACAGAUGGGAGAAGCGGCUCUUCCUGGGCGCGGCGGCUCCGCUCCCGGGACUUCCAGCUGCUGUGUCGCGAUGGAGGAAGAGCUGAUGUGACAGAGUGGAGCAGCUGCCACCUGGCCCGAGUCCCCGCUCGGGCCGUGGUUGUGCGGCCUGACACAGACGGGAUGGUUCUCUUCCAGCUCCUAAACCAGGCACAACAAAGAUUUAACGGGUUGGGUGCCAAGUUUCAGAUGUUUGACUCUGCAGUCUACGGUGCCCAAAAUCUUCUGUUCCGAGACGCUACAACAGAGCUUGUUGCAAUCACAGCUCAGAAUUACCAGGCAUGGCUGGGUGAUGACUAUCUUCGUGCCAUGGAAGCCCUGAGCUGCAGCCCCAACACAAUACCAGAAAGCCUGAACUGGUGUGUUGUAUCCACUGAGGAGAUUUGGAAAUGUGGUGAAAUGGCUGUUGCGUUUAGAAAAAAGGAUUUGAAGCCAGCAAUUCAGUGUAUUUCAGCUGAGACAAAGGAAAAGUGCAUGGACCUGAUCCAGAAAAAGGAAAGUGAUGCUGUAGUUCUGGGUGGAGCUGAUAUUUAUACAGCUGGGAAGACAUAUGGCCUUGUACCAGCUGCAGGAGAAAGUUACUCUGCUAAUGACAGCAGCAAUGCAUACUAUGCUGUGGUGUUAGUGAAACGAAAUCUGUCCAAUGCAUUCACCAUCAGUGACCUGAAAGGGAAGAAGUCCUGCCACACAGGAUUGGGGAGAAAUGCUGGAUGGAAUAUUCCCAUUGGGAUACUAAUUAAGAGGGGGAUUAUUAAGAAUAGAGACUGUAAUAUUCCUCAAGCUGUGAGUGAGUUUUUCUCUGCCAGCUGUGUGCCCUCAGCUGAGCAGCACAAUUACCCAGCAAAGCUCUGUCAGCUGUGUAUUGGAGACGAGAGUGGAAACAACAAAUGCAGUGCAAGUAGCCAAGAACGUUAUUACAGCUACAGUGGAGCCUUCAGGUGCCUGGUAGAGGAUUCUGGGGAUGUGGCCUUUGUGAAGCACUCAACAGUGUUUGAGAACACAGAUGGUAAAAACACUGCUAGUUGGGCCCAAAAGUUGAAGUCCAGUGAUUUCCAGUUACUGUGUCCAAAUGGUGCCCGUGCUGAAGUCACCCAGUUUGCCGACUGUCACCUGGCUCAGGUGCCAGCUCAGGCUGUUAUGGUUCACCCAGAUAUCAAUGUUUUUGCUCUGUAUGGACUACUGGACCGAGCCCAGGUCUACUUUGGAAAUAGCAGCAAUGGAAAUGGAUUCAAAAUGUUUGAUUCUUCAACUUUUCAAGGAAAAGACUUGAUUUUUAAGGAUUCUACUCUUGAGAUUGUGCCAGUAGAAGAGAAGAGAACAUACACAGACUGGCUGGGGAGUGAAUAUCUUGAGUCCCUUGAAGGGUUGCAAACACCCCAGUGCUCUGGGGCAGGUAAUAAGAUAACACAAUACUCACUCAUGGCUGCUGUCAUUCCCCUGCUUGUUUUAUGUCAGAUACAAGGCUUGGACUAGCACAGUCCAAGUGGGAAUUUCCAGGCCACCUCUGCCCUGCCACCUUCUCUUCAGAAAAGCUGCUGUCUGGAUAACAUGCUGUGCUACCAUGGGAAUGCCUCUUCCUGCCUCUUUGCAGGGCAAGUGCCAACAGCAUCUGCUCAUCAGGGAGUGGGGUAGGGCUAGAAGCUCUCCCUGUCUGUGUGGAUGGGGUGGAAUUUGGGGCAGAAACCAGCAAUACAAUAUCAACAUGGUUUUCAAGAUCAGUCUUAAACUGGAGCAUCUCUGCCAUUGUUGCUGAUAUUGAACCACCCAGGAUUCCCAAGAACUGUUAGACGGAUUCCAUGUUUCUGACCUGGAGAAGAAUUUCUUGGAAGGCAAUAUCAAAACUCUUGUCUAGUGAAUUCUCUCUCUAGUGGCCUCCUGGCUGGUUAUGUUCAGACUGCACAUCCCUGCUUUACCCAUCCUACCCUGUUUCUCCUGAGCUCCAGUGCUACAGAGGUAAGUGCACAGAGAAUGGACAGGCUGUGAACAGAGACCAAUCCAGCUUCUGCCAUGGACAAAAUCUUCUACCUUCCAGCAGAAGAAAGUAGGAGGAAUUUCCAAAGUCACUGAAUGAAAAAGAAGCCCAGAGAGACUGGAAGGGGGACUAUACUUUGACAGAGAAAAGAACAAAGCCAAAUGUAAGCAUCCACUGAGCUUAUUGACUUUCCACACCCAGUGCUCUCAUGGCUGGCCAGAGAUGUCCUGUAUCUUUAGUUUGAUGCAGCGUUCAUCAAGAACCUCAUGACUGUCCUCCUUCUACACGGGGCAAUCCUGAGUGCCUUGUGCAUGAAACUUUUAUUUGCUGUAGGUGAAACAAAGUAUUUCACUAAAGUACUUUUACAGUAGAAAGUAGCCAUUUCUACUGGCUGUAGCAUUCAGGUUUUAUUUUUAUCCAUAGCUGCACUAACCACAGAUCUUGCUGUGCUGCUGGCAGGCACUGUCCUCCUGACUGCAGAGACCACCUCAUGAUCCUGGGAUGAACAGACAUUUGGUGGAAUAAAAACCUGGUAAAGCCAGAUAGUAAUCAUGUAAAUAAGUGAAUAUAGCAAAUAAAUAUGAGAAGUAACCACACUUUAACCAGCCUAGUAGCUAAACUACUGCUUUCCUGGGACAUGAAGAUUUGCCUUUCCCUUUCACUGGCCACUGUUCCGUUGCUCCCAUUUCCUGGGGCUGGAGUGGGACACAGAGGGCUCCCAGCCCCGGCUGUGCCCCUGGGGUGAGCGUGUCUGUAAGGGAGCAGCGAUGCCGUGCCCAGCACUCAAACCGUGAUACUGGCAGGCUGUGCCCAGCUGCGGCCCCGCUGUGCUGCUGCUCCUUGUGCUUUUGGCCAAUUAUGAAACAGCGGCUCAGCAGGAGCCGGAGUGUGCCCAGGUGGCCAGUGGCAUCCUGUCUGGCCCGCAUCAGGACAGUGUGGCCAGCAGGAUCUGGGCAGUGAUUGUCCCCUGCACUGGGCACUGGUGAGGUGCAUCUUGAGCGCUGUGUCCAGUUGUGGGCCCCUCAGUUCAGGAAGGACAUUGAAGUGCUGGGAUGUACCCAGAGAAGGGCCUGGAGCACAGGUCCCAUGAGGGGCGGCUGAGGGGCUGGGGGUGUUUAGCCUGGAGGAGGCUCCAGGGUGACCUUAUCCUGCUCUACGGCUCCCUGACAGGAGGGCUGUGCUCCCAGGCCGUGACAGGACGAGGGAAUAUACUC